AUGUGUACUAUAAAUAUUAUAAUGUUCCACGAGGAGGUGUGUUCUAUAAAUAUUAUAAUGUUUGAGGAGGAGGUGUGUACUAUAAAUAUUAUAAUGUUCCACGAGGAGGUGUGUUCUAUAUAUAUUAUAAUGUUUGAGGAGGAGGUGUGUACUAUAAAUAUUAUAAUAUUCCAUGAGGAGGAGGUGUGUACUAUAAAUAUUAUAAUGUUCCAUGAGGAGGAGGUGUGUACUAUAAAUAUUAUAAUAUUCCAUGAGGAGGUGUGUAAUAUAAAUAUUAUAAUGUUUGAGGAGGAGGUGUGUACUAUAAAUAUUAUAAUAUUCCAUGAGGAGGAGGUGUGUACUAUAAAUAUUAUAAUGUUCCAUGAGGAGGUGUGUACUAUAAAUAUUAUAAUAUUCCAUGAGGAGGAGGUGUGUACUAUAAAUAUUAUAAUAUUCCAUGAGGAGGUGUGUACUAUAAAUAUUAUAAUAUUCCAUGAGGAGGAGGUGUGUACUAUAAAUAUUAUAAUAUUCCAUGAGGAGGUGUGUACUAUAAAUAUUAUAAUGUUCCAUGAGGAGGAGGUGUGUACUAUAAAUAUUAUAAUGUUUGAGGAGGAGGUGUGUACUAUAAAUAUUAUAAUAUUCCAUGAGGAGGAGGUGUGUAAAAUAAAUAUUAUAAUGUUCCAUGAGGAGGUGUGUACUAUAAAUAUUAUAAUAUUCCAUGAGGAGGUGUGUACUAUAAAUAUUAUAAUAUUCCAUGAGGAGGUGUGUACUAUAAAUAUUAUAAUAUUCCAUGAGGAGGAGGUGUGUACUAUAAAUAUUAUAAUAUUCCAUGAGGAGGAGGUGUGUACUAUAAAUAUUAUAAUGUUCCAUGAGGAGGAGGUGUGUACUAUAAAUAUUAUAAUGUUCCAUGAGGAGGUGUGUACUAUAAAUAUUAUAAUGUUCCACGAGGAGGUGUGUUCUAUAUAUAUUAUAAUGUUUGAGGAGGAGGUGUGUACUAUAAAUAUUAUAAUAUUCCAUGAGGAGGAGGUGUGUACUAUAAAUAUUAUAAUAUUCCAUGAGGAGGUGUGUACUAUAAAUAUUAUAAUGUUCCAUGAGGAGGUGUGUACUAUAAAUAUUAUAAUGUUCCAUGAGGAGGUGUGUUCUAUAAAUAUUAUAAUGUUCCAUGAGGAGGAGGUGUGUACUAUAAAUAUUAUACUAUUCCAUGAGGAGGAGGUGUGUACUAUAAAUAUUAUACUAUUCCAUGAGGAGGAGGUGUGUACUAUAAAUAUUAUAAUAUUCCAUGAGGAGGUGUGUUCUAUAAAUAUUAUAAUGUUCCAUGAGGAGGAGGUGUGUACUAUAAAUAUUAUAAUGUUCCAUGAGGAGGUGUGUACUAUAUAUAUUAUAAUGUUUGAGGAGGAGGUGUGUACUAUAAAUAUUAUAAUAUUCCAUGAGGAGGAGGUGUGUACUAUAAAUAUUAUAAUGUUCCAUGAGGAGGUGUGUACUAUAAAUAUUAUAAUGUUCCAUGAGGCGGUGUGUAAUAUAUAUAUUAUAAUGUUUGAGGAGGAGGUGUGUACUAUAAAUAUUAUAAUGUUCCAUGAGGAGGUGUGUAAUAUAUAUAUUAUAAUGUUUGAGGAGGAGGUGUGUACUAUAAAUAUUAUAAUGUUCCAUGAGGAGGUGUGUAAUAUAUAUAUUAUAAUGUUUGAGGAGGAGGUGUGUACUAUAAAUAUUAUAAUAUUCCAUGAGGAGUAGGUGUGUACUAUAAAUAUUAUAAUGUUCCAUGAGGAGGAGGUGUGUAAUAUAAAUAUUAUAAUGUUCCAUGAGGAGGUGUGUACUAUAAAUAUUAUAAUAUUCCAUGAGGAGGUGUGUAAUAUAAAUAUUAUAAUGUUCCAUGAGGAGGAGGUGUGUACUAUAAAUAUUAUAAUGUUAUGAGGAGGAGGUGUGUACUAUAAAUAUUAUAAUGUUCCAUGAGGAGGUGUGUACUAUAAAUAUUAUAAUGUUCCAUGAGGCGGUGUGUAAUAUAUAUAUUAUAAUGUUUGAGGAGGAGGUGUGUACUAUAAAUAUUAUAAUGUUCCAUGAGGAGGUGUGUACUAUAAAUAUUAUAAUGUUCCAUGAGGCGGUGUGUAAUAUAUAUAUUAUAAUGUUUGAGGAGGAGGUGUGUACUAUAAAUAUUAUAAUGUUCCAUGAGGAGGUGUGUACUAUAUAUAUUAUAAUGUUUGAGGAGGAGGUGUGUACUAUAAAUAUUAUAAUGUUCCAUGAGGAGGUGUGUACUAUAAAUAUUAUAAUGUUCCAUGAGGCGGAGGUGUGUAAUAUAAAUAUUAUAAUGUUUGAGGAGGAGGUGUGUACUAUAAAUAUUAUAAUGUUCCAUGAGGAGGUGUGUACUAUAAAUAUUAUAAUGUUCCAUGAGGAGGUGUGUAAUAUAUAUAUUAUAAUGUUUGAGGAGGAGGUGUGUACUAUAAAUAUUAUAAUGUUCCAUGAGGAGGUGUGUAAUAUAUAUAUUAUAAUGUUCCAUGAGGAGGAGGUGUGUACUAUAAAUAUUAUAAUAUUCCAUGAGGAGGAGGUGUGUACUAUAAAUAUUAUAAUGUUCCAUGAGGAGGAGGUGUGUAAUAUAAAUAUUAUAAUGUUCCAUGAGGAGGUGUGUACUAUAAAUAUUAUAAUAUUCCAUGAGGAGGUGUGUAAUAUAAAUAUUAUAAUGUUCCAUGAGGAGGUGUGUAAUAUAAAUAUUAUAAUGUUCCAUGAGGAGGAGGUGUGGUCUAUAAAUAUUAUAAUGUUCCAUGAGGAGGAGGUGUGUACUAUAAAUAUUAUAAUGUUUGAGGAGGAGGAGGUGUGUACUAUAAAUAUUAUAAUGUUUGAGGAGGAGGAGGUGUGUACUAUAAAUAUUAUAAUGUUUGAGGAGGAGGUGUGUAAUAUAAAUAUUAUAAUAUUCCAUGAGGAGGAGGUGUGUACUAUAAAUAUUAUAAUGUUCCAUGAGGAGGUGUGUACUAUAAAUAUUAUAAUGUUCCAUGAGGAGGAGGUGUGUACUAUAAAUAUUAUAAUAUUUCAUGAGGAGGUGUGUAAAUAUAAAUAUUAUAAUAUUCCAUGAGGAGGAGAUGUGUACUAUAAAUAUUAUAAUGUUCCAUGAGGAGGUGUGUAAUAUAAAUAUUGUAAAUUACUUGAAACCUAAUCAUGCAUUUCAGAGGUUAUAAGGUAAAAGAUAAGAUAACUACAUAGAAGACAAGGUAUUCAUGUAAUCCAUGGUGUGUAAAAAACCCUGUCUCCACUUCGAGUACUAGCAUAUCUGAGUCUGGGCAGACAGAAAUGUGUAGACUAGAAUGUACUUCUUUUUCUUUUUUCUCUGUAUUUAUUUGUAUGCAAUUUUGUACUGAGUCACAAAGGCAUGUUGUUUUUAGUAAGUAGAUAUGGGUGUGUUCACUGGAGUAUUUCUGACCUGGGUCGAGUUCAUUAGGAACAUAAUAGGGAGGGAAAACUGAUUGAAAUGGAGGGGGAACUACUUGUAUUUGUCCAAAUAGAAGUGCUAAUUCCGUUUUCUGUACAAAACGUUUUAGAAUGUUUUCCAUUUGCGUGCCCUAAUGAAUACGGCUCUGUCUUGCAGUAGGGCUGGAGUCACAGCAGUGUAGAACAGUAGGGCUGGAGUCACAGCAGCAGGGCUGGAGUCACAGUAGUGUAGGGCAGUAGGGCUGGAGUCACAGCAGUGCAGGGCAGUAGGGCUGGAGUCACAGCAGUGUAGGGCUGGAGUCACAGCAGUGUAGGGCAGUAGGGCUGGAGUCACAGCAGUGUAGGGCUGGAGUCACAGCAAUGUAGGGCAGUAGGGCUGGAGUCACAGCAGUGUAGGGCUGGAGUCACAGCAGUGUAGGGCUGGAGUCACAGCAGUGUAGGGCAGUAUGGCUGGAGUCACAGCUGUGUAGGGCAGUAGGGCUGGAGUCACAGCAGUGUAGGGCAGUAGGGCUGGAGUCACAGCAGUGCAGGGCAGUAGGUCUGCAGUCACAGCAGUGCAGGGCAGUAGGGCUGGAGUCACAGCAGUGUAGGGCAGUAGGGCUGGAGUCACAGCAGUGUAGGGCUGGAGACACAGCAGUGUAGGGCAGUAGGGCUGGAGUCACAGCAGUGCAGGGCUGGAGUCACAGCAGUGUAGGGCAGUAGGGCUGGAGUCACAGCAGGGCAGGGCUGGAGUCACAGCAGUGUAGGGCUGGAGUCACAGCAGUGCAGGGCUGGAGUCACAGCAGUGUCGUGUAGUAGGGCUGGAGUCACAGCAGGGCUGGAGUCAUAGCAGUGUAGGGCAGCAGGGCUGGAGUCACAGCAGUGUAGUGUAGUAGGGUUGGAGUCACAGCAGUGUAGGGCUGGAGUCACAGCAGGGCUGGAGUCAUAGCAGUGUAGGGCAGUAGGACUGGAGUCACUGCAGUGCAGGGCUGGAGUCACAGCAGUGUAGGGCAGUAGGGCUGGAGUCACAGCAGUGUCGUGUAGUAGGGUUGGAGUCACAGCAGUGUAGGGCUGGAGUCAUAGCAGUGUAGGGCUGGAGUCACAGCGGUGUAGGGCAGUAGGGCUGGAGUCACAGCAGUGGAGGGCAGUAGGGCUGGAGUCACAGCAGUGUAGGGCUGGAGUCACAGCAGUGUAGGGCAGUAGGGCUGGAGUCACAGCAGUGCAGGGCUGGAGUCACAGCAGUGUAGGGCAGUAGGGCUGGAGUCACAGCAGUGCAGGGCUGGAGUCACAGCAGUGUAGGGCAGUAGGGCUGGAGUCACAGCAGUGCAGGGCUGGAGUCACAGCAGUGUAGGGCAGUAGGGCUGGAGUCACAGCAGUGUAGGGCUGGAGUCACAGCAGUGUAUGGGCUGGAGUCACAGCAGUGUAGGGCAGUAGGGCUGGAGUCACAGCAGUGUAGGGCUGGAGUCACAGCAGUGUAGGGCAGUAGGGCUGGAGUCACAGCAGUGUAGGGCAUGACUUUGGGACAGCAGUGACUAAUAAACAGCCUCCCUUGCCCCCUG